AUUCUAGAAUGAAAAUUCAACUCAUCUAGAAGAAAAAUGAGUCCAAGCACGUCUGCGUAGUGUGCAAAUUUGUAGUAUUCACACAAGAGAAUCACUUAUAAAAGGGAUAUAAGACCAAACACCGUUUUUCAUUCACCCUAUAAAGAGCUAGAGCUUGCACUUGGGGUUGUCUACCAUCAUCUUUGUAUUGUGUUUUACUUCAGCAAAACUAGUCAUGUCCUUGCUCUCAGAUCUCAUCAACCUCAAUCUUUCAGAAUCCACUGAGAAGAUUAUUGCUGAGUACAUAUGGGUUGGUGGAUCUGGUAUGGACAUCAGAAGCAAAGCCAGGACACUUCCUGAACCAGUGAAUGACCCUUCAAAACUUCCAAAGUGGAACUAUGAUGGGUCUAGCACAAAUCAAGCUCCUGGGGAUGACAGUGAAGUCAUCCUAUACCCACAAGCAAUUUUCAAGGACCCAUUUAGGAGAGGAAAUAAUAUUCUUGUGAUUUGUGAUGUUUACACUCCUGCUGGUGAGCCACUUCCAACAAACAAGAGGCAUGAUGCUGCCAAAAUUUUCAGUGACCCUGAUGUUGUUGCUGAGGAACCAUGGUAUGGUAUUGAGCAAGAGUAUACCUUGUUGCAGAAAGAUGUAAAUUGGCCACUUGGGUGGCCAAUUGGGGGAUUUCCUGGACCACAGGGUCCAUACUACUGUGGGAUUGGUGCUGAUAAGGCCUAUGGUCGUGAUAUUGUGGAUGCACAUUACAAAGCUUGUCUUUAUGCUGGCAUUAACAUAAGUGGCAUCAAUGGAGAGGUCAUGCCUGGCCAGUGGGAAUUUCAAGUUGGCCCUUCUGUUGGUAUCUCUGCUGGAGAUGAGGUCUGGGCUGCCCGCUACAUUUUGGAGAGGAUUACUGAGAUAGCUGGAGCAAUUGUUUCUUUUGAUCCCAAGCCUAUUCCGGGAGAUUGGAAUGGAGCUGGUGCUCACACAAACUAUAGCACCAAGUCCAUGAGAGAUGAGGGAGGUUAUGAGAUCAUCAAAAAGGCCAUUGAAAAGCUUGGAUUGAGGCAUAAGGAUCACAUUGCUGCCUAUGGAAAAGGCAAUGAGAGACGCCUCACUGGAAGACAUGAAACAGCAGACAUCAACACUUUCUCUUGGGGUGUGGCAAACCGUGGAAGCUCCAUUAGAGUUGGAAGGGACACAGAGAAAAAUGGCAAAGGUUACUUUGAGGACAGAAGGCCUGCUUCUAAUAUGGAUCCCUAUGUGGUCACCUCCAUGAUUGCAGAGACUACCAUCCUCUGGAAACCAUGAAGUCACAGCCAUUAAAUUCUGUGUUGAAUGACAUUUAUCUUCAAGGUGGUGUUUUUGUUGGUAAUUGCCAAGUGGUCUUUUAAGCUCUAUGUGGGAUUUUAUCAUUAAUAAUCAUAAUAAUUGCUUCUUGAUUUCACUCUUAAUUUAGAUUUAAGAAUCAACAGUGUAAUCAUGUAAUGAUUAAUGAUUAAUAAACUCUUUUAAAUGAUGGUCCAUGGACCACGGUGAAGGGAAAUU